UGCACGCGCACCAGCGCUCUGAUUUAUUGUCGAUGAGGCGCAGCAAAGACUCACAACUACAACAUCAUCAUUAUAAUCCGUCAAAAACAUUAAAAUACAAUUUUACUAAAUCUGCUAAACUUAUUACAGAAGAAAAAAAAAAUCAGCAGCAAUCUGAUUCAUCUACAUUUCCACCAUUUCUGUUCAGCAUACCGAACAUCAUGCCUCGUUCUUUCCUGGUGAAAAUGCGUAGAAGGGCGGGCUCUCGAUCUUCCCUUCCUACAGACUGCAUGCCCUGUUUGGGUGUAACAGGCUGCACAGGUGCCGCAACCCAAGAAGAGCCAGAGAUAAAUUUCGAGGCUUCAUCUAUACAUCAGAUGAAGACAAACCAGGACUGGACAACAGAAAUUAUAGGUUUAAGUGAAUUCCCCUCACAGAUACCCUGGCAUCACUUUCAAGCCAGCAACUCGGAGGAUAAACAGGACCUGGGAAGUGCCUCAAAGUCUAGCAGCAAAGACAGAGAUUGUUCAGGGAUCAGCUCCCCUGUCAUACACUGUCAGUUAUGUGGCAAGAACUUCUUUACCUUUUCUGACCUGGAAGCCCAUCAUUACAAGUGUCACAAAGGUCACAAGCCACCCAUAGUUUGUAUUAACAGCAGCGAAUCCGUGACUCCGCACAGAACAAAGGAGCGAACGUUCGAGUGUACCGUGUGUGGGAAGCUGUUUAAACGCUCUUCCACUCUCUCCACACAUCUGCUGAUCCACUCGAACACAAGGCCGUAUCCCUGCCAGUACUGCGGCAAGAGAUUCCACCAGAAAUCAGACAUGAAGAAACACACCUUUAUUCACACGGGAGAGAAGCCACACGUGUGCAGGGUGUGUGGGAAAGCCUUUAGCCAGAGCUCUAAUCUAAUCACACACAGCAGAAAGCACUACAGACCCUUCAGCUGAGCCCCUGCAUGUCUUGUAAAUUCUUCUUGUAAAUAUUUGCCACUUUAUGAAAAUAAACAUUUAUCAUCAGAUAAA